ACCUUGUGGAGAUCAUUGACGAUCCCACCACAACCACGAGAACGAGCAGAGUCACAGGAACAAAGGAGGUCAAAGGCGGAAGCGAGAGACGCUGAGCGAUACCGCCCACCAUGGAGGGUGGUCUGGUGCCACCGCCCAACUACAGCGCCUCGACUGCCACCAAUGCCGCAGCGUCCGCCGACACUGCAGCGUCCACUUCGUCGGGAAGCGUUAGCCCAGGGCUCGACAACUUCUUUGACGUCGUUCCGCAGUCGGACGCCACCUCGUUCCAGGCCGGCUACCUCGGCUUGGAUGGCUUCCAGUCGUGGAUCAAGGGAGAUGUCCUUGUCAAGCUCGACGAAAGGGCGCGCAACGCGACUUCGGGCGCUGGCUACGACAAAUGUACCAUAUCACUCCAGGCCAUCGAGAUGGGUCCCACAGACUCCAUCACGCUGUUUUCGUCUUCGCAAACGCUGUGGCACUCCGCCUCAGCAGCCACGACAUCAACUGCGCAGCCAAACUCCUCCUCGACAGCCCUUCCCUCGACGAUGCCCUUCUCCUUCCAACUGACUCCAGACCUCCCGCAUUGCAUCCAUCUCGGCACGAGCUCGCUGCAGUACCGCCUCGAAGCAGUCCUGCACAGCUCCGACCCGUCCUUGCUCUCGGUGACCCGCUCUGUGACUGUUCAUCUCACCCGAUACAGCGCCCCAGGGCCGCUCGGCGCAGACGAGCACGCCGGUGUGGGCGAGGGCGAUCUCGAGCCUCACACUUGGCACGUCUACACACCCACGCCAAUGGUGUUGCAGCUCAAGCGGGCCCUUUUCAGGCGAGCGGAGCCAAUCGACGUUCGAGUCAAGAUUUUGCCACCUGACCGCUCACUGAUUCGGGAAAAGGGGCUGCAUCUUCGGAGUGUAGAGGCCAGGCUCAUCAGGGUCAUCACAAGGAGGGAUGAGCAGACGGGCAGUGGUGGUGCUAGUGCUAGUGGCGGGAAAGGGAGGUCAUCCUCUGUCGACGCAAGGGCUCGAGGGGACGACGACGACGGCGCUGCUCCUCAUGGAGGGCGUGGGACGUCGCACGAGUCGCUGCUUGCCACCAGUGGCAAGCUCUGCCGCUUCAACACAUCGCGAGCUAUCAUCCUCCGGCUGACUCUCCACCCUCCAUUUGAUCUCUCCAACAUGCCCCACCCACACCCCGACCACGACGCAAACUUGUCUGGACCGGUGCACGGCCGAGGCGGCGGCGGCGGUUGCGAAAGCAUUAGUCAGGAGACGCUGUUGCAUCAAGUCAAGUUCUUUGUCGAGGUACGCGUGGGGAUAAGAGGAGGACAAGGAGAAGAUCGCAGCGUCGUUGUCAAGAAAGAGGUCAAAAUUUUGCCUGGGGCCGCUGGCGGAGGACAGGAGGUGACGGAAUUCUCCGAGAAAGCUGGUGCAGCCGUCUCUGCUGGUGUGGCCGGGCAUGGGGACCCCAUCGCUGGUCCGAGUGGCGGCAGUAGAGCAAACACGGAGGCUGAGGACCCGUUUGCUGGGUUCGACUCCGAGGAAGAGUACGACGGCUACGAAGAUGUGGGUCGUUCGCUCGAGGAUGGCGGCGACGACUUGGACGUCAUGGAUGAGGCCACCUACCGGCGCCUCCAUGACUCGGGAGCCUCCUCGAGCCGGGCAGAGCAAGGAGAAGAUACACUCGAGGACCACCAGAGACGACUGGAGCAGCUUCGAGCGCUGUUGGACGGACCACCUCCCAGUCUGCUCGAGAGUCGCAAUGACGUACAGGUGGAGGUCGAUGUCGAGGGCGUUGGGAGCGCCAUGCCCAGGGCACUAGGCAACCGCGCGCAUGUGCCCAACUUCAGCAGCCAUCCAUACGACUCAGACCUGCGCGGAUACUCUGCUCGAGAGGAGACAGAUGCAAAUGGCGAGUCGCCUCCCUCGCCUGGAGGGAGCUGGCACAAUGACGACAAUGAACCACCGCCUCCUCCUAUCUCGCCUUUUCCAGAUGGCAACGACGAAGAGAGGGCGAGAAGCGGCAGCGAGGGCGUUCACUCUGACCGGGGCGCCAGCUACGCGGUAGAGCGCACCACGUCAUUGCCAGGCGCCUUUGUUCGUGACGACGAAGAGCACAGUGCUCGGGACGAGCAAGCAUCUGCUGCUUUCCCACCCCCAUACGUUGCGGGGACAAUGACUCGAAAUGCAUCCGCGACGACGUCUGCUCCUUUGCUAGAGACGACGUCACCGGCCUUGGCUUUUGACUUGACGUCAACCGCUGCCUUGAGGACGCCAAAUGACGCGACGCAGCCGACGCCGACGGUGGCGUUGCGCACUCUGGAAAGUGAUACUCAUCCGCCGGCGUACCCCUAUACGCCGCCAAGUGAUUUCACAUAUCAACAGGAGCAUCAUGAACUCCACCCUCCACAGCAUCAGAAUCAGCAUCAUCCACGACAGCACCAUCGCCUGCACAAUGCUCCGGGACCUAUGGGCGCUCUUGGCCCGCCUAGCUACGAAGCUUGAUUGGGGCCUCAAUUUGACAUCUGUAAAUCCUAUAGCAUUGUAGAUGUGGCGGCGUAAUUGAAGCCUUCACAACUGAAUCGGAC